CUUGUCUUGUUGCCUCUCUCUCUUAUUCUUCUCUUCGACCGUUUCUUCGCCGACAAGAAGAAGAAGGCUCCCCGCGGCUGCGGCGGCGGCGGCGACCAGCCCUUCCCCUUCUCCUGCUUCGACAGUUCGCCGCCAUGGCCACUCGGUUUCUGCCUCUGGUGCGCCGCGGCCUUGCCGGCGUCCUGAAUCAAUCGCCCGCGCCCGCGUCCACCCGAGGAUUCUUGUUUCCUGCACCUGUGACUGCUGGCAUAAGAUCUCUGCAAACUAUCAUGGAAGCAAGCAAUAAUGCUUCAGAUGACCGUAACCAGGACAUAGAGGAUUCCAAAACCGACACCGUGCCAGCUACGGUCCCUUCAUCGGAUUCCGGCUUCAAAGUUAGAGAUACAUCAAACUUGAAGAUCUCACCGAGACACGACCUCGCCAUGAUCUUUACGUGCAAGGUUUGCGAGACCAGGUCUAUGAAGAUGGCGAGCAAGGAAUCAUAUGAGAAAGGAGUGGUGGUCGCUCGUUGCGGCGGCUGCAAUAAUUUCCACCUGAUCGCGGAUAGGCUUGGCUGGUUUGGGGAGCCAGGAAGCAUCGAAGACUUUCUAGCCGAACAAGGAGAGGAGGUGAAGAAAGGCUCAACAGAUACUCUUAACUUCACUCUUGAGGACUUGGUUGGGUCUCAGGCUAAUGAUAAGGGCCCUUCUGAUAAAAAAUAGAUUUCUCUUCAGUAUGGCUUUGGGUCAAGACAACUUAAAAAAGGUUAACUCCUAAGGAAAUCCACAAGUUUUUUACUCGAUAUCAUGACUUCUCAAGGUGGAGUAGUCCAACUUUUUGCACUUGUUAGUUCUGAUGUUAUUGCAGUGUAAUUGUCAAUUCUCAACCUUGUGGCUAAGUCCACCGUGUGGCUUUGGUAAAUUUAUUGUAGUGGACACGACCCGAUUAUGUACUAGGCUGUGUGUCAUAGUUUUGUGAUGUUCUUGACAAAAGUAACAAAACUAAUUAUGGAAAUGUUUCCCUUUGAAUCA